CUAGGUUGCUUAUAUUCAGUAGUCUAAGAUAUUCUUCCUAAACAAUCAAACCCGACCCGUGUACAUGGAAAAUCCGGUACCGUCCGUACUGGUCCUCUAGUGCAAGUCUACAACCACAUGCUUAACCGUUCAACGACUUUGUCUGACCUACCCAUCCAUCCCCACCCCUCUGUAUCAGUUUCUCCAAGUGCAAAAAUGGAGAAGAGCUCAUGGGACUACUGGGUAGAGGAGUCCCUUGCAAAGCUUGAGUCUCUAAAACUGCUUCGAUCUUUAAGACCCAUUUACCUCUCAAAGGAGUCUAACCCUUCAAAACCAAUUGCACUUGAAGUAGAAGACAACAAUUACGAGGUGUUCGAUGAAAUGCAGCCAUGGGAUCGGUCCUCAGUUGAAGUCUCCAUUUCAGGGUCCACGUUUCAGAAAUGGCUCCUUGAAAUUCCCAGCUCCGGAGAUGAGAUUGUGUGUGGAAAAGCAGUAACUGACUAUAAAGUUGAGCAGUCCAAGAAGCUACUUUUAUUCUCUGGCAAUGAUUAUUUGGGGUUAAGUUCACACCCCACAAUUGGGAAGGCUGCUGCAAAGGCAGCCCAAGAACAUGGAAUGGGACCAAGAGGUUCUGCUUUAAUCUGUGGAUACACCAAUUACCAUAGGGCACUAGAGUCUUGCCUGGCAAACUUGAAGAAGAAAGAGGAUUGUCUUCUUUGUCCUACAGGGUUUGCUGCUAAUAUGGCAGUGAUGGUAGCUGUUGGAAACAUCAGCUCUCUUUUGGCUCCAGCAGAAAAACCUCUGCAGAAGGAAAAGAUAGCCAUAUUUUCUGAUGCACUGAAUCAUGCUUCAAUAAUUGAUGGUAUUCGUCUUGCUGAACGCCAACAGAGUGUAGAGGUGCAUGUAUAUAGACACUGUGACAUGUCCCACCUUAGUUCGCUAUUAUCCAGUUGUCCAUUGAAGAAAAAGGUUGUUGUGACAGAUAGCUUGUUUAGUAUGGAUGGAGACUUUGCACCAAUGGUUGAGCUUGUGAAUCUUCGCAAGAGGCAUGGCUUUUUGUUAGUCAUUGAUGAUGCUCAUGGAACAUUUGUUUGUGGAAGAAAUGGUGGUGGAGUGGCUGAGGAGUUUAAUUGUGAAAGAGAUGUUGACAUAUGUGUUGGAACUCUGAGUAAGGCUGCUGGCUGCCAUGGCGGAUUUAUAGCAUGCAGCGAAAAGUGGAAGAAACUCAUACAAUCAAGAGGCCGCUCUUUUAUAUUUUCAACUGCUUCCCCAGUCCCUGUUGCUGCUGCUGCCCAUGCUUCUGUAAUUGUCGCAAAAAAGGAAGUGUGGCGUAGAAAGGCAAUUUGGAACAGAGUGCAGGAGUUUCAGGCUUUAACUGGAAUCCCCAUCACAAGUCCCAUAAUUUCUCUAAUUGUUGGGAGCGAAGAAAAAGCCCUGCAAGCCAGCCGGCACAUGUUGAAAUCUGGUUUUCAUGUGACUGCAAUCAGGCCCCCUACGGUGCCUCCCAACUCAUGCAGGCUACGAGUGACUCUGAGUGCAACCCAUACAGCAGAUGAUUUGAAGCAACUGAUAGGCGCACUGUCCUCUUGCAUUAACUUUCAAGAAAUUUGCAGCAACAGCAUAUAUGCAUAUGCUAGACUUUAGAAAUCUGAAGUUAAUCUGGGUUCAUCAUUUCAGUUACAAAGAAUUGUAGAAUGAGGAGCAUUAAAGCAGGCUAAGAUACUAUUGCACAGUUGGUGUGUGGUAGUGAUUACGUCUUGUUAUAGUCAAUGUAUUGCUUUGGCAAAUUUAGAGUAAGCAUCGAGUUAAUAUAGUAGGACAAGUAUAUGUAAAUUGUUCCUAUACAGUAAUUGGGAACUCAGGGGCCUGGGCCAACUGUAUCAGUUCAUGGGGAUCUUCCAAUACUAUUGCUGCUACCAUGCAUGAAAACUUCAAAAUGAAUACAAGGUUAUUUUAGUUGUGGGGAUCAAAAGGGGCUCUCUAGCCAGGCGCGAUCCUGGAUUUAAUUUGACUGGGGGAAAUUUAUUUGCCUAAAUAUGCAGGUAAAAUAAGUCAUUAUAUAUGUUUUAAGUGAGUUAGAGAAAUUAUUAAUUUAUCAAACCCAAUAAAAAAACAAACAUUAGUAUUUAUUUAGAGCAUUUAAUAAAUUAAUGGAACAGAAUUUUAUUUUGAAAUAGAGGCAUUAAUAAAAUUUGUAUAUAGUUAUAACAAAGAGGCAUAAUAAGUAUAUAAUAAAAAUUAUGGGCGGCAGUGCCAGCUGUUCAUUUAUGAGUCUCCAAGGCUUAGGUCUGAUUACAGGCCAGGAAUAUGACCAUGAUUCAUGCGCAAUGGAAGCUAAUACAUGGGUCAGUCGCAUGCUAUUAUGUGAACCAAAAAGAGUAUGGAGCGGAGAGUCGAAGUCGAUAUUCAAUUGCACUUGUUACUUUGACAGUUGACUCUUUAGUUGUCCUCCCUAUUAUUUGCUGGAUUGCUUAUUGAUCAAUAUUCAAAAAAAAAAAUAAAAAUAAAAGUCACUCAUACACCAUUAUCCAAGAACAAGUGUAAUUUAUACAUGUCUCAUUUUCUACCCUGCAGUCUGCACCAUAAAAUUACAAUUCUCUCCUACUCCAAUUUUUUUUUAAAAAAAAAAAAAACAAAAAAAGAAGAAAAGAAAAUACACCCAACACUAACAACCCAACGACCAACUAAAACUUCAUACACGCAAAAUCCUCGUUUUCUUCGUCUUUACAAUCAAAAAGAAUAUGUCAACACA